UUUAGCUUCAUGUGAUUAUGUUGUUCUUGCUAAUAAGUAAUAACAAUUAUAUUAUGCUUUUUAUCACGGAUAUAAAAGGUGCCAACAUAUUAGUAGACAUGCAUGGGUACUUUAUUGAUUUUCGUCUUUAUAAAAAGGCACAUGCAGCAGCUAAUCCUGUUGUUUAUGAAGAGUAUUUAGAGAAAAGGAAAAAGGAGAAGGAUGAGGAGGAGCGUAGCACACGUAUUACGAUUAAGAAGAAACUCCCUAAGGUUAAUAUUCUUGGGGAUCAUUGCUGGUUCUGGAGAAGGAGAUGGUGAUGAAAUGUGAUCAAGUGAUCGGGAGUUAACAGAACUAAAAUGGACGUUAUGAGGAAGGGACUGUGAAGCUGUACAAUAUCAAUGUUCUAAUUUUUUUUUUAUAGUUUCUUGCACAAUUUUGUAUCAGACUUUUGUUAUCAAAUUUUCUAUUAUACAUCCAGUCUUCAAAUCCAAACAUCAAUGUGAACUGAUUUGGAGUGGAGUUGUAGUUUUUUUAUUGUUUACUGUACAUCUUUGUGGCUUCACAGCAAGAUAACGUUUGGUUGCAUUUGAGUUCAUUUGAUACCUUUUUGGUU